CCGGGGCGGCCGUGCGGGGAGAGGGCGGCGGCAGCGCCGAGCACAAACUCCGGAGGGGAAGCGGCACCGCCGGCCUCCGCCCCCCGCCCCCACGCACACACCCUGUAGCGGGAAGGGGGAAGCAAGCAGCCCGCCCCCUCCCUCGCCGGUCCCGGCGGUGCACGGUCCUUCCCGGGACUCGGUGGCGGCGGGCGCUGUGCCCGGGGCGGAAGGCGAGCGGCGGGCAGCUGGGGCCUGGAGCCGCCGCUGGAGGAGGGGAAGAGCGGGGUGUUCCCGCAGCGCGGGUGGAUGCGCAGCCUGAAGGGCGGCUCCUGCGGCGCCUCCUGCGGCCUCGCCAUGGCCGGGCCCCGACGGUGAAGGCAGCGGGAGCCGCCUGUGUCCGCGCCGCGCCAGGAGGCGGCGCCGCCGCAAGCAGGGGGCGGGCGGGGAGGGGGAUGAGCAGCGCCGCAGCCGCCGCCGCCUCUGCGGGAGCUGCCGCCGCCUGCACCGGGGCCGACCGCGGCUACUCCUUCUCCUCCGGCGGCGCCGCUCCGGCCAUGGGGCCCGAGGAGGGCUCGGCCGGCGGGCUGGGAGCCCUGCCCGCGCCGCCGCUGGGCUGCCGGAGCCGCUACCAGCUGCUGCUCUCCGGGAAGGCCCUGGCCGACAGAUACCGGAGGAUUUACACGGCGGCGCUGAGCGACCGUGAGCUGGGGAGCCACCCGGGCAGAAGUAAGAAACUUUUUAGCAAGAAAAAGUUGAAAAGAAAACAGAAGACUAAAUUGAAAGUAAAAACACGCAACAAGACUGAAAGCCUAGAGAGUACAAUAACCAUACCAGAUAUCAGAUUACAUAGCAAUCCUUCAGCUUUUAAUGUUUACUGCAAUGUCCGCCAUUGUGUGUUGGAGUGGCAGAAGAAGGAAGCGUCUGUGUCUUUGGCCUCAAAGAACAGUGUCCAGAGUGGGGAUUCAGACAGUGAUGAAGAAGAGGAGCCCAAAGAGCCACCUAUUAAACUUCCAAAGAUCAUUGAAGUUGGAUUGUGUGAAGUCUUUGAAUUGAUAAAAGAGACGAGAUUUUCUCAUCCAUCCUUGUGUCUCAGGAGCUUACAAGCCCUACUUAAUGUGCUCCAAGGUCAGCAACCAGAAGGCCUGCAAUCAGAGCCUCCUGAAGUCCUAGAAUCCCUGUUCCAGCUGCUUUUGGAAAUAACUGUCCGUAGCACGGGAAUGAAUGACAGUACAGGACAGUCCCUGACAGCACUUUCCUGCGCCUGCCUCUUCAGUUUGGUAGCUGCCUGGGGAGAGACAGGAAGGACGUUGCAAGCAAUCUCUGCAAUCCUCACCAAUAAUGGCAGCCAUGCUUGUCAGACUAUUCAGGUGCCAACCAUUUUAAACUCUCUUCAGCGGAGUGUACAGGCAGUUCUGGUGGGCAAAAUCCAAAUCCAGGACUGGUUCAGUAAUGGGAUAAAGAAGGCAGCCUUGAUGCACAAAUGGCCAUUGAAAGAAAUAUCUGUAGAUGAAGAUGACCAGUGCCUACUUCAGAGUGAUGGUUUUUUCCUCUAUCUCUUAUGUAAAGAUGGACUUUACAAAAUUGGCUCUGGAUAUAGCGGGACAGUGAGGGGCCACAUAUACAAUUCUACAUCCCGCAUCAAAAACAGAAAAGAAAAAAAGUCUUGGUUAGGUUAUGCUCAGGGCUAUUUAUUAUACAGAGAUGUGAAUAAUCACAGUAUGACAGCCAUAAGAAUAAACCCUGAAACUUUGGAACAAGACGGUACAGUUGCUUUGCCAGAUUGUCAUACUGAAGGGCAGAAUAUCCUUUUCACAGAUGGAGAAUAUAUUAAUCAAAUAGCAGCAUCUAGAGAUGAUGGCUUUGUAGUGCGAAUAUUUGCCACAAGUACUGAGCCAGUAUUGCAACAAGAACUGCAGCUUAAGCUUGCAAGAAAAUGCUUACAUGCCUGUGGCAUCUCAUUGUUUGAUCUGGAGAAAGAUUUGCACAUUAUCAGUACAGGGUUUGAUGAGGAAUCAGCUGUCCUUGGUGCUGGGAGAGAGUUUGCACUGAUGAAAACUGCUAGUGGAAAGAUUUAUUAUACUGGCAAAUAUCAGAGCCUUGGAAUCAAACAAGGUGGCCCUUCAGCUGGCAAAUGGGUUGAACUCCCAAUCACAAAAUCUCCAAAGAUUAUUCAGUUUUCUGUUGGACAUGAUGGCUCACAUGCCUUACUUGUUGCUGAGGAUGGAAGCAUAUUCUUCACAGGUUCUGCUAGUAAAGGAGAGGAUGGUGAAUCAACUAAAAGCAGAAGGCAAUCAAAACCAUAUAAGCCUAAAAAAAUUAUUAAAAUGGAAGGAAAGAUUGUCAUAUCUACAGCGUGCAAUAAUGGAAGCAGUUCUGUAAUUUCCAAAGAUGGAGAACUCUACAUGUUUGGAAAAGAUGCCAUUUACUCUGAUAGUACAAGUUUAGUAACAGAUUUGAAAGGUCAUUUUGUGACUCAAGUUGCCAUGGGCAAAGCUCACACCUGUGUGUUAAUGAAGAAUGGCGAAGUUUGGACAUUUGGAGUAAAUAAUAAAGGACAGUGUGGACGAGACACAGGCUCUAUGAACCAGGGAGGAAAAGGUUUUGGAGUUGAGAACAUGGCAACAGCAAUGGAUGAAGAUCUGGAAGAGGAACUGGAUGAAAAAGAUGAGAAGUCAAUGAUGUGUCCUCCAGGCAUGCAUAAAUGGAAGCUGGAGCAGUGUAUGGUGUGCACUGUAUGUGGAGAUUGCACAGGCUAUGGAGCCAGCUGUGUUAGUAGCGGGCGUCCUGAUAGAGUGCCUGGAGGAAUCUGUGGCUGUGGCUCAGGUGAGUCAGGCUGUGCUGUGUGUGGCUGCUGCAAGGCAUGUGCUAGAGAACUGGAUGGCCAGGAGGCAAGGCAAAGAGGAAUCCUUGAUGCUGUAAAAGAGAUGAUACCUUUAGAUCUCUUGCUGGCUGUCCCAGUUCCUGGAGUUAAUAUUGAGGAACACCUUCAGCUACGACAAGAGGAAAAGCGGCAGCGCGUAAUUAGGAGACAUAGAUUGGAAGAAGGAAGAGGCCCCCUUGUAAUUCCUGGUCCUAUUUUUAUGAACCAUCGAGAACAGGCUCUAGCCAGAAUCAGACUCUCUCCAGCACCGCUAAAGCAUAAACGGGACAAGCACAAAGAUGGAAGUGGAGAAAGAGGUGAGAAGGAUGCCAGCAAAAUCACAACAUAUCCACCAGGGGCUGUCCGCUUUGACUGUGAGCUGCGAGCUGUACAAGUCAGUUGUGGAUUUCACCAUUCAGUGGUUUUGAUGGAAAAUGGUGAUGUUUACACAUUUGGAUAUGGGCAGCAUGGUCAGCUUGGACAUGGUGAUGUUAAUUCCAGGGGAUGUCCCACUUUGGUGCAAGCAUUACCAGGUCCUAGUACACAAGUUACUGCUGGGAGCAACCACACAGCUAUUCUCUUAAUGGAUGGCCAGGUUUUCACAUUUGGAAGUUUCUCAAAAGGUCAGCUUGGCAGACCAAUUCUGGAUAUGCCCUACUGGAAUGCAAAACCAGCACCUAUGCCUAACAUAGGCUCCAAAUAUGGGCGCAAAGCUACAUGGAUUGGAGCAAGUGGAGACCAGACUUUCCUCCGGAUCGACGAAGCUCUCAUUAAUUCUCAUGUGCUUGCUACAUCAGAGAUAUUUGCAAGCAGGCAUAUAAUAGGUUUGGUACCAGCUUCAAUAUCAGAGCCUCCUCCUUUUAAAUGUCUUCUGAUAAACAAAGUAGAUGGCAGUUGCAAAACAUUCAAUGAUUCUGAGCAGGAAGACCUUCAAGGUUCUGGUGUGUGUCUGGAUCCUGUCUAUGAUGUUAUUUGGAGGUUUCAUCCAAAUGCCAGGGAACUGUGGAGUUACAAUGCAGUAGUUGCUGAUUCCAGGCUUCCUUCAGCUCCAGACAUGCAAUCCCGGUGUAGUAUUUUGAGUCCAGAACUUGCUCUGCCAACAGGUUCCAAAGCUCUAACCACCAGAUCUCAUGCAGCUUUGCAUAUUCUAGGUUGCCUUGAUACUUUGGCUGCUAUGCAGGACUUAAAAAUGGGUGUUGCAAAUACAGAAGAAGAGACUCAAGCAGUAAUGAAAGUUUAUUCUAAAGAAGACUAUAGUGUUGUUAACAGAUUUGAAAGUCAUGGAGGAGGCUGGGGUUAUUCAGCCCACUCAGUAGAAGCUAUCCGUUUCUGUGCUGAUACAGAUAUAUUGCUAGGUGGUCUUGGUCUUUUUGGUGGUAGAGGUGAAUACACUGCUAAAAUAAAGUUGUUUGAAUUGGGUCCAGAUGGGGGAGACCAUGAGACAGAUGGAGACCUCCUUGCUGAGACAGAUGUCUUAGCAUAUGACUGUGCUGCCAGAGAGAAAUAUGCAAUGAUGUUUGAUGAGCCAGUUCUCCUGCAAGCUGGCUGGUGGUAUGUAGCCUGGGCAAGAGUGUCAGGACCUAGCAGUGAUUGUGGAUCUCAUGGACAGGCCUCUAUUACUACAGAUGAUGGUGUUGUAUUUCAGUUUAAAAGUUCUAAGAAAUCAAAUAAUGGUACAGACGUGAAUGCAGGGCAGAUUCCGCAAUUACUAUACAGGUUGCCAACAAGUGAUGGCAGUGCAUCCAAGGGAAAACAGCAAACUAGUGAACCCGUACAUAUUUUAAAGCGAUCUUUUGCCAGAACUGUCUCAGUGGAAUGCUUUGAAUCCUUACUGAGCAUUCUUCACUGGAGUUGGACAACACUGGUGCUGGGAGUUGAAGAACUUCGUGGGCUGAAGGGUUUCCAAUACACUGCUACUCUCCUGGAUUUAGAAAGGUUGCGUUUUGUGGGCACUUGCUGCCUGAGAUUGCUGAGGGUCUACACCUGUGAAAUAUACCCAAUAUCAGCUACAGCUAAAGCAGUUGUAGAAGAAACCAGCAAACUAGCAGAUUGCAUUGGAAAAACUAGGACCUUGCUGAGAAAAAUUUUAUCUGAAGGAGUUGACCAUUGCAUGGUGAAGCUGGACAAUGAUCCACAAGGAUAUCUUAGUCAGCCUCUCAGUCUGUUAGAAGCUGUUCUUCAGGAAUGCCAUAAUACAUUUACAGCUUGCUUCCAUUCAUUCUAUCCAACACCAGCUCUCCAGUGGGCAUGUCUUUGUGACUUGCUGAACUGUUUGGACCAGGAUAUCCAGGAAGCAAACUUCAAGACCUCCAGCAGUCGGCUCCUUGCAGCUGUCAUGUCUGCUCUGUGCCACACUUCCGUGAAGCUGACCUCCAUCUUUCCCAUUGCCUACGAUGGAGAGGCCUUGCUGCGCUCCAUGGUCAAACAAGUCAGCACUGAGAACGACUCUGCUCUCGCCCAUCGCUUUCCUCUUCUGGUAGCACACAUGGAAAAGCUUAGUCAGAGUGAAGAAAAUGUUUCAGGGAUGACAAGCUUUCGGGAAGUGCUGGAAAAGAUGUUGGUCAUUGUUGUUUUACCAGUACGCAACAGCCUUAGAAGAGAAAAUGAACUUUUCUCUUCACAUCUAGUUUCUAAUACCUGUGGGUUGCUUGCUAGUAUUGUGAGUGAGCUUACAGCAUCAGCAUUAGGAUCUGAGGUUGAUGGGCUGAAUUCUCUCCAUUCUGUCAAAUCCACUCCAAACAGAUUUACUAAAACAAGUCAGGGAAGAAGCUGGAAUACUGGGAAUGGAUCCCCUGAUGCCAUAUGUUUCUCUGUUGACAAACCUGGUGUAGUUGUAGUAGGAUUUUCUGUUUAUGGUGGAGGAGGAAUUCAUGAGUAUGAGUUGGAAGUAUUAGUUGAUGAUAGUGAUCAUACUGGAGAUGCAACUCAUUCUCAUAGAUGGACAUCUUUAGAAUUGGUUAAAGGAACUUACACCACAGAUGAUUCUCCUAGUGACAUAGCUGAAAUCAGACUUGACAAAGUUGUGCCACUGAAGGAAAAUGUGAAGUACGCAGUUCGUUUGAGGAAUUACGGAAGCCGGACUGCCAAUGGAGAUGGUGGAAUGACCACGGUUCAGUGUCCCGAUGGUGUAACCUUUACAUUCAGUACGUGUAGUCUGAGCAGUAAUGGCACCAACCAAACACGAGGACAAAUCCCACAGAUCCUUUAUUACAGGAGUGAGUAUGAUGGUGAUCUGCAGUCACAGCUGUUGAACAAAGCUAACGAAGAGGACAAAAACUGUAGCAGGGCUCUCUCUGUCGUGAGUGCUGUUGUACGAGCAGCCAAAGACUUGUUGCACAGAGCUCUUGCUGUAGAUGCUGAAGACAUUCCAGAAUUACUCAGCUCUUCCAGUCUGUUUUCAAUGCUGCUUCCACUCAUCAUAGCCUACAUAGGACCAGUAGCAGCAGCUAUUCCCAAGGUUGCUGUUGAGGUCUUUGGCCUGGUACAACAACUGCUUCCUUCUGUGGCAGUUCUGAAUCAGAAAUACGCCCCUCCAGCUUUUAACCCAAACCAGUCUACAGACAGCACCACUGGAAACCAGCCAGAGCAAGGGCUUUCAGCUUGUACUACCUCCAAUCACUAUGCUGUUGUAGAAAGUGAGCACCCCUACAAACCUGCCUCUGUUACACACUAUAAGGUGACUUUUCCUGAAUGUGUCAGGUGGAUAACAAUAGAGUUUGACACUCAGUGUGGCACCGCUCAGUCAGAGGAUGUCCUUCGUUUACUAAUUCCUGUCAGAAUUGCACAGAGCCUGGGAUUUGGACCAAAGCAUACCUCUGUUCAUGAGAACCUUAAUUCAUGGAUAGAACUGAAAAAGUUCUCUGGAUCUUCAGGAUGGCCUACCAUGGUGUUGGUAUUGCCAGGGAAUGAAGCACUUUUUUCUCUGGAGACUGCAUCAGACUAUGUGAAAGAUGAAAAAGCUUGUUUUUAUGGUUUCAAAUGUUAUGCAAUUGGAUAUGAAUUUAGUCCAGGAAGUGAUGAGGGUAUUAUUCAGCUGGAGAAAGAACUGGCAAAUUUAGGAGGAUCAUGUGCAGCAGCUUUGAUGAAGAAAGAUUUAGCGCUUCCCAUUGGUAGUGAGUUUGAAGAGGAUCUUGAGAUACUUGAAGAGGCUGCCUUACAGGUGUGCAAAGCUCACUCAGGCAUUCUUGGAAAAGGCUUGGCACUAUCUCACUCACCAACCAUUUUGGAAGCUCUCGAAGGAAGUCUUCCCCUGCAGGUACAAAGCAACGAGCAGUCGUUUCUGGAAGAUUUCAUUGCUUGUGUACCAGGAUCAAGUGGUGGACGACUUGCAAGGUGGCUGCAGCCAGAUUCAUAUGCUGAUCCUCAAAAAACAUCAUUGAUUUUGAAUAAGGAUGACAUCCGAUGUGGUUGGCCUACUGUUAUUACAGUACAAACAAAAGACCAGUAUGGGGAAGUUGUUCAUGUUCCUAAUAUGAAGGUGGAAGUCAAAGCUAUUCCUGUUUCUCAGAAAAAAACAUCUUUGCAACAAGAACAAGUUAAAAAAGUGCAGCGGAUACCAGGCAGUCCUGCAACAGCUGUUUCCCCUAGCAGUGAUAUGACCUUUGGAGGACUUCCUUCACCAAAGCUUGAUUCCUCCUAUGAGCCAAUGAUAGUAAAAGAAGCUCGGUAUAUUGCUAUUACAAUGAUGAAGGCAUAUGAAAAUUAUUCUUUUGAAGAACUACGUUUUGCUUCACCAACACCAAAGAGACCCAGUGAAAAUAUGCUGAUCAGAGUCAAUAACGAUGGUACAUACUGUGCAAACUGGACUCCUGGAGCUGUUGGUCUCUAUACCAUUCAUGUUACUAUAGAUGGCAUUGAAAUAGAUGCUGGACUAGAAGUGAAAGUAAAAGAUCCUCCAAAAGGAAUGAUACCUCCUGGAACCCAACUUAUCAAACCAAAAGCAGAGCCUCAGCCAAACAAGGUUCGCAAAUUUGUGGCCAAGGACAGUGCAGGGCUUCGUAUCCGUAGCCACCCUUCCCUUCAGAGUGAGCAAAUAGGCAUAGUGAAAGUCAAUGGAUCCAUCACUUUCAUUGAUGAGAUCCACAAUGAUGAUGGUGUUUGGCUGAGGCUGAAUGAUGAAACAAUAAAGAAGUAUGUUCCUAACAUGAAUGGUUACACUGAAGCCUGGUGUCUGUCUUUUAAUCAACAUCUUGGCAAGAGCCUUCUGGUACCUGUUGACGAAUCUAGGUCUAAUGCUGAUGAUUUUUUCAAAGACCUAAAUUCACACUGCCCACAGGAAGCAGUGAUGCAAGAACAAGACAUGCCAUUCCUUCGAGGUGGACCUGGAGUGUACAAGGUAGUGAAGACUGGCCCAUCAGGUCACAACAUCAGAAGCUGCCCUAACCUUAGAGGUAUCCCAAUUGGAAUGUUAGUUCUGGGAAACAAAGUCAAGGCAGUGGGCGAGGUGACUAAUUCAGAAGGUACGUGGGUGCAAAUGGAUAAGAACAGCAUGGUAGAGUUCUGUGAAAGUGAUGAAGGCGAGGCAUGGUCAUUAGCUAGAGACAGAGGUGGAAACCAGUACCUUCGACAUGAAGAUGAGCAAGUCCUUCUAGAUCAAAAUGUGCAGACUCCUCCCCCAAGUCCUUUUUCAAUACAAGCUUUCAGUAAGGGGACAAGCUGUAGUAAUGGACAAGGGUUUGAUUAUGGCCUUGGAAAUAACAAAGGUGACCGAAUGAAUUUCACAGGAGCUGCUAGACCGAUUUCUCCAGCAGGAAAAUCAGACAUGGCAUCAAAGCACAGAGCUGACUGCAGGUCGCCCAAGCUUGACGUGCGAAUGAACCGAGCUGCUGCCGAGCAGAAGAAGCCCAGAAGUACCGAUGGCUUAUCAGCCAGUGAGUGCCUGAUGCUGAAAUCAGACGCCGCAAAGUUGCGCUCAGACUCGCACAGCAGGUCUUUGUCACCAAAUCAUAACACUUUGCAAACACUAAAAACUGAUGGAAGAACAACUCCUGGUCUGAGAGCUGAAUCUCCAGGGCCAGGAACUAGGUCGUCUUCUCCAAAGACAAAGACGCUUACAGGCAUUAGAUCUGGUGCUAGUUCUCCACGAUCCUCGUCACCCAAUGACAAAACUCUACCUCAGAAAGCUCCAUCCCCUGUAAAAACAAAGCUUGAUCCUCCUCGAGAACGCUCCAAAUCAGAUUCUUAUACAUUAGAUCCAGACACCCUUCGCAAAAAGAAAGUGCCACUGACAGAACCCUUAAGGGGGAGGUCCACUUCACCCAAACCAAAAAUUACUACAAAAGAUGGAAAACCUGCACCAGAAACUGAAAAUAGAGCUCCUUCCCCUCAUGUCGUACAAGAAAAUCUUCACAGUGAGGUAGUUGAAGUCUGUACUUCAAGUACUUUAAAGACUGACAGCAUUACAGAUACCACCUGUGAAGACAACACCGAAUUCAGAAGUCUGGAUGAUGGUUCUAAUAAAGUUCAUUUCAGCAUUGGAAAAGCACCACUGAAAGAUGAGCAAGACAUGAGAUCAUCUCCAAAAGUGAGCCGUAAAUGUGCUGGCAGGCACACAAGACCUAAAAAGGAAAAAUCCAGCUUCCUUUUCAAAGGAGAUGGAUCAAAGCCCAUAGAGCCUGCCAAGCAAGCAAUGUCACCUUCUGUUGCAGAAUGUGCUCGAGCCGUAUUUGCUGCAUUUCUUUGGCAUGAAGGAAUAGUUCAUGAUGCCAUGGCAUGCUCAUCUUUUUUGAAGUUUAAUCCAGAACUGUCCAAAGAGCAUGCACCCAUACGGAGCAGCCUUACUCAACAACCUGCAGAGGAAAAAGAAACCAAGUUGAAAAAUAGACAUUCAUUGGAAAUAUCAUCUGCUCUCAACAUGUUUAACAUCUCACCUCAUGGACCAGAUAUAUCUAAAAUGGGUAGCAUCAAUAAAAACAAAGUCCUCUCAAUGUUAAAAGAACCACCUCUGCAUGAAAAGUGUGAGGAUGGAAAAACUGAAACUACCUCCUUUGAAACAUCCAGUCAUCACACAAUGAAAUCUAAGUCUCCUCUUCCAUUAACACUGCAGCACUUAGUAGCUUUCUGGGAAGACAUUUCUUUAGCAACUAUUAAAGCAGCUUCCCAAAACAUGAUCUUUCCAAGUCCUGGUUCUUGUGCAGUGUUAAAGAAGAAAGAAAGUGACAAAGAUAACAAGAAAGCCAAAAAAGAGAAAAAGAAGAAAGAAAAGGUUGAGGCUAGGCCAAGGGGAAAUCUUUUUGGUGAGAUGGCCCAGCUUGCAGUGGGAGGACCUGAAAAAGAUACCAUCUGUGAGUUGUGUGGAGAAUCCCAUCCAUAUCCAGUGACUUACCACAUGAGACAAGCUCAUCCAGGCUGUGGCCGCUAUGCAGGUGGCCAAGGUUACAACAGCAUUGGGCACUUCUGUGGAGGAUGGGCUGGGAAUUGUGGCGAUGGCGGCAUUGGAGGGAGCACAUGGUAUUUGGUGUGCGAUCGAUGCCGAGAAAAGUAUCUCCGUGAAAAGCAAGCAGCAGCAAGAGAGAAGAUUAAACAAUCUAGGAGAAAACCAAUGCAAGUUAAGACACCUCGUGCCUUGCCAACUAUGGAAGCUCAUCAAGUGAUUAAAGCCAAUGCACUGUAUUUACUAUCACUGAGUAGUGCUGCUGAGCCCAGUAUCCUCUGCUAUAACCCUGCAAAAGCAUUCCAAUCUCAACUUCCCAGUCUCAAAGAAGGAAUUUCUGAAGACUUUCCCAUUAAGAUGCCAUGUCUCUAUCUACAGACAUUAGCAAGGCAUCACCAUGAAAAUUUUGUUGGGUACCAGGAUGACAACCUGUUCCAGGAUGAGAUGAGAUACUUGCGUUCAACUUCAGUACCUGCACCGUACAUCUCCGUCACUCCUGACGCGAGCCCAAAUGUCUUCGAAGAGCCAGAGAGUAACAUGAAAUCUAUGCCCCCAAGUUUGGAAACCAGUCCAAUCACAGAUACAGAUCUUGCAAAGCGCACAGUCUUUCAAAGAUCAUAUUCAGUUGUUGCAUCAGAAUAUGACAAACAGCAUUCAAUUUUGCCAGCACGUGUAAAAGCAAUCCCCAGGAGACGAGUCAACAGUGGAGAUGCAGAAGUGGGGUCCUCUCUCCUGAGACAUCCAUCUCCUGAACUUUCUCGGUUAAUCUCCGCCCACAGCUCUCUUUCCAAAGGAGAGAGAAAUUUCCAGUGGCCAGUAUUGGCAUUUGUAAUCCAGCAUCAUGAUCUGGAAGGACUUGAAAUAGCGAUGAAACAAGCCUUACGGAAAUCUGCUUGCAGAGUCUUUGCCAUGGAGGCCUUCAACUGGCUUCUUUGUAAUGUCAUUCAAACAACUUCUCUCCAUGAUAUUUUAUGGCAUUUUGUGGCUUCCCUGACUCCUGCGCCUGUAGAGCCUGAAGAAGAAGAGGAUGAAGAAAAUAAAUCAAAUAAAGAAAAUGCAGAACAAGAAAAAGACACACGAGUGUGUGAACACCCUCUGUCAGAUAUAGUGAUUGCUGGGGAAGCUGCUCACCCCUUACCCCACACUUUCCAUCGCCUUCUUCAGACAAUCUCUGAUCUUAUGAUGUCUCUUCCUAGUGGUAGUGCAUUACAGCAAAUGGCCUUAAGGUGCUGGAGUCUUAAAUUCAAACAAUCUGAUCACCAGUUCCUGCACCAGAGCAAUGUUUUUCAUCAUAUCAACAAUAUUUUGUCGAAAUCUGAUGAUGGAGAUAGUGAAGAGAGUUUUAGUAUCAGCGUUCAGUCUGGUUUUGAAGUCAUGAAUCAGGAACUGUGUAUAGUAGUUUGUCUGAAAGACCUAACCAGCAUUGUUGACAUUAAGACAUCAAGCCGACCUGCUAUGAUUGGUAGUUUAACAGAUGGAUCUACAGAAACAUUCUGGGAGUCAGGAGAUGAGGACAAAAACAAAACUAAAAACAUCACAAUCAACUGUGUAAAAGGAAUCAAUGCACGUUAUGUUUGUGUUCAUGUAGACAAUUCCAGAGAUCUUGGGAACAAAGUGACCUCCAUGACCUUCCUAACUGGCAAGGCAGUAGAAGAUCUCUGCAGAAUAAAGCAGGUAGACUUGGAUUCAAGACAUAUUGGCUGGGUAACAAGUGAGCUUCCUGGAGGUGAUAAUCACAUCAUCAAAAUUGAAUUGAAGGGUCCAGAGAACACAUUAAGAGUUCGACAAGUGAAAAUUCUUGGAUGGAAGGAUGGUGAAAGCAUUAAGAUAGCAGGCCAGAUUUCUGCAAGUGUUGCUCAACAAAGAAACUGUGAAUCUGAGACACUGCGAGUAUUCCGACUUAUAACAUCCCAGGUAUUUGGGAAACUUAUCUCCGGAGAUGCUGAGCCAACCCCAGAACAAGAAGAAAAAGCACUGUUAUCAUCCCCAGAAGGAGAAGAAAAAGUACACAAUGCAACAUCAGAUGCAGACCUGAAGGAGCACAUGGUAGGGAUCAUAUUCAGCCGGAGCAAACUGACGAAUUUGCAGAAACAGGUGUGUGCCCACAUCGUGCAGGCCAUCCGGAUGGAGGCGACGCGCGUGCGCGAGGAGUGGGAGCACGCCAUCUCCAGCAAGGAGAACGCCAACUCGCAGCCCAGCGACGAGGACGCCUCCUCGGACGCCUACUGCUUCGAGCUGCUCUCCAUGGUGCUGGCGCUCAGCGGCUCCAACGUGGGCCGCCAGUACCUGGCCCAGCAGCUCACUCUGCUCCAGGACCUCUUCUCCCUGCUACACACGGCUUCUCCCAGGGUGCAGAGGCAGGUAACAUCAUUACUGAGGCGUGUUUUGCCCGAGGUAACCCCCAGUCGCCUGGCAAGUAUUAUAGGGGUGAAGUCUCUUCCACCAGCAGAUAUAAGUGAUAUAAUUCACUCAACAGAAAAAGGAGAUUGGAACAAACUAGGUAUCUUGGACAUGUUUUUGGGAUGCAUUGCCAAAGCUCUCACUGUACAGCUAAAAGCCAAAGGAACUACUAUCACAGGGACAGCUGGCACUACUGCGGGCAAAGGAGUCACUACAGUCACACUUCCAAUGAUCUUCAAUUCCAGCUAUAUUCGGCGAGGUGAAAGUCAUUGGUGGAUGAAGGGGUCAACACCUACACAGAUUUCAGAGAUCAUCAUUAAGCUCAUUAAAGACAUGGCAGCAGGUCAUCUGUCAGAAGCUUGGUCACGCGUGACGAAGAAUGCUAUUGCUGAAACCAUCAUAGCUCUGACCAAAAUGGAAGAAGAGUACAGAUCACCUGUGAGGUGCAUUGGAACUACCAGACUGUGGCUGGCCUUGGCAUCCCUCUGCGUACUUGAUCAGGAUCAUGUUGAUAGACUCUCCUCAGGAAGAUGGAUGGGAAAGGAUGGGCAACAAAAACAGAUGCCAAUGUGUGAUAACCAUGAUGAUGGUGAAACUGCUGCAAUCAUUUUAUGUAAUGUCUGUGGGAAUUUGUGCACAGACUGUGACCGAUUCCUUCAUCUCCAUCGGCGAACAAAAACUCACCAGAGACAGGUGUUCAAAGAAGAAGAAGAAGCUAUCAAAGUUGAUCUCCACGAGGGCUGUGGUAGGACCAAACUUUUCUGGCUGAUGGCUUUAGCAGAUUCUAAAACUAUGAAGGCUAUGGUGGAGUUUAGAGAACAGACAGGCAAACCGACCACCAGCAGUUCUGAAGCAUGUCGGUUCUGUGGAUGUAGGAGUGGAACAGAAUUAUCAGCAGUAGGAAGUGUUUGUUCUGAUACAGACUGCCAGGAGUAUGCUAAGAUUGCCUGCAGCAAGACACACCCCUGCGGUCACCCCUGCGGAGGCGUUAAGAACGAAGAGCACUGUUUGCCGUGCCUGCAUGGCUGCGAUAAAAACGCUACAACUCUGAAACAAGAUGCUGAUGACAUGUGCAUGAUCUGCUUUACUGAAGCACUUUCAGCAGCACCAGCUAUCCAGCUGGACUGCAGCCAUGUUUUCCAUUUGCAAUGCUGUCAGCGAGUACUAGAAAACAGAUGGCUUGGCCCAAGGAUAACUUUCGGGUUUAUGUCCUGCCCAAUUUGCAAGAACAAAAUCAAUCACACAGUAUUAAAGGAUUUGCUUGAUCCAAUCAAAGAACUCUAUGAAGAUGUAAGGAGAAAAGCACUAAUGAGAUUGGAGUAUGAAGGGCUGCACAAGAGUGAGGCCAUCACAACACCAGGUGUUAGAUUUUAUAAUGACCCAGCUGGCUAUGCUAUGAACAGAUAUGCUUAUUAUGUUUGCUACAAGUGCAAAAAGGCAUAUUUUGGUGGUGAAGCUCGUUGUGAUGCCGAGGCUGGACAAGGAGAUGAUUAUGAUCCAAGAGAACUUAUUUGUGGUGCCUGCUCUGAUGUUUCAAGGGCUCAGAUGUGUCCCAAACACGGUACGGAUUUCUUAGAGUACAAAUGCCGCUACUGCUGUUCUGUUGCUGUUUUUUUCUGUUUCGGGACAACGCAUUUUUGCAAUGCUUGCCAUGAUGAUUUCCAAAGAAUGACAAGCAUCCCUAAAGAAGAGCUCCCACACUGUCCUGCAGGUCCCAAAGGUAAACAACUUGAAGGAACAGAAUGUCCACUUCAUGUUGUCCAUCCACCCACUGGUGAAGAAUUUGCUCUGGGUUGUGGGGUUUGCAGAAAUGCACACACUUUUUAGAAUAGCAUUUUUUUUAACCAGAGCAGAACAGGUGCCCUCAUCCCUCAAGUGUCCUGAAAACAAAGUCCAUCUGGGAUGAGGAUGGGACCAUUCCAUAACCCAGGUAAAAGGAACAAUUUACAGUGCAAGAAGGAUGCCAAAUACCAUGUACAUAAUUCUUGCUGUGAGAUAUUGACAUUUUUUGAACCGAGACAUCAAAAUUUGUGAGGUGUUUGCAUGUGGCCAUUACAGUCAUCGGCUAGGAAACAUUGGACAUUUACAAAUAAACAAUUGUUAUUAAAGGAUCUGUGUGUCUGUGGACUAUGAAUGAUGCUGGCUUUCAGGCGAAAGAAAAAAUAUUGAUUAUUGUAUACUGACUUUUUGUAAUCUUGUACAAUUGUAACGCAUCACAAGUGGGGAUGGGAAAGAGGAAUAUUCUGGUUUAUUUCCUAGACUGUUAUAAAAAAAUGUGUUAGGAAGGCAUAAAUGUAACAAGUAUCACCCUGUAUAUAAAGGUAUCAAUGUUUGUCCUGUAUAAGAAAUAUUAAAUUACAACAGCAGUUUCAUUUAAACUUCUGGGUUAUGUUUGAGCCUGAAAUUUUAAUGAAGUGCAAUACUGAGUGUGCCUCAUAUCUUGCAGCUGUAAACAUAAUGGAAUGUACAUGUCAAUAAAGCCACUGUACAUUUUUAUACAGUGAAAGUCUAACAAA